GACUCCAUUUCCCAGCAAGCUCAGCUUGUAGGGCGCGCUAUGGAGCCGCAAGUUGCAGAGCUGCAGCAGAAGAUUGAGGACACGUUGUGCCCUUUUGGCUUCGAAGUUUACCCCUUCCAGGUGGCAUGGUAUAAUGCACUCUUGCCUCCAGCCUUCCACUUGCCCCUUCCAGGACCUACCCUGGCCUUCCUGGUACUCAGCACACCUGCCAUGUUUGACCGGGCCCUCAAGCCCUUCCUGCAGAGCUGCCACCUCCAACCACUGACUGACCCUGUGGACCAGUGUGUGGCCUACCACUUGGGCCGUGUUAGAGAGAGCCUUCCAGAGCUACAGAUGGAAGUCAUCGCUGACUACGAGGUACACCCCAACCGGCGCCCCAAGAUUCUGGCUCAGACAGCAGCUCACGUGGCAGGGGCUGCUUACUACUACCAACGACAAGAUGUGGAAGCUGACCCCUGGGGAACUCAGCAUAUAUCAGGCGUGUGCAUACAUCCCCGAUUUGGGGGCUGGUUUGCCAUUCGAGGGGUGCUGCUGCUGCCAGGAAUAGAGGUGCCCGAUCUGCCACCCAUGAAGCCUCUUGACUGUGUACCUACAAGAGCUGACCGAAUUACCCUACUUGAAGGCUUCAAUUUCCAUUGGCGUGACUGGACAUACCGGGAUGCCGUGACACCCCAGGAGCGCUACUCUGAAGAGCAGAAGGCCUACUUUUCCACCCCACCUGCCCAGCGCUUUGCCUUGUUGGGCUUGGCCCAGCCCUCAGAGGAGCGUGGCUCUCCUUCUGUAGAGCUUCCCUGUACCACCCUCACACCCAAGCAGCCUCCAAAACCCAGCAGAGCCCGGGGUUGGCUCAGCCCCAGGGUCUCACCACCUACAUCCCCUGGCCCUUGAUACCCUCCUUCCCUGUGGGAUCCCUAUUUAUGACAGUGGUACUCGCUAAGACUUAUUUGACUUUGGCAAGGCAAGAGGUUUUAUUUUGGGUACAAGAUGAUUAUUUUUGAUAAAAGAAUUAUAGGUCUUCAAUUAAGAUAAGGCUCAAAGUUUUGUCAAGACACAAAUCAAAGACUAAGGCAGAUGCAGAAUUCACACCUGCUUUGGACUAUGGGAUUAUUGCCUGUUACCCUUUCUCUGCAGGGCUCUAAGACGCCUCUUGUUAAUUAAAGGGCAACCAUCCCCUAAAUAAUGGGAGCUGCCUCAUUGGGUUGUUGUGAGGACUGAAUAAAUACAUGUGAAGUACUUCUGAAA